GUCCUUCCAGCUGAUCCAAUCAAGCACCACCCAUUUAAAGGGGGUGAUGGCUGUCACAUGGUUAAACCUGCUUCCUGUUUAUCGGCUGUUUUACUUCAGUCUCUGUUUCACAGAUUGCGACACCACUCGGUAUUGUUGACGCUGUUAUCCACUUCUAUUUUGCUACCUUACAGCGACAGGACAGCUUACUGUAUACAUUUAACCAGUUUAUGGUCGUGGUUUCUAAGGAGACAGGAAGACAUGGCACUGAGGAAACGUGAGUAGGCCGGGAAGGAUCCUGGAGAUUUCCUGACUCCAGGGCUUUGAGUUGGCGGAAAAGACGAACGAUAGGCUACGCCUGGGGACCUGAGCUAGCCCGUUAGCUAGUCUUGCUAACCUCUGUAGCCUGCAGCGGCAGCAGCUGUGGUUUGAGUAACCGGCUUUACGGGCAGGCUAACAGGUUGUGUUUGGAGAGUGGAACAGUUCGCUGGUGCCCUGAAUUCAAGAAGGCUCCCCGGCUCCGGCUCCGGCUCCCUCAAGCGGGCAGUCAGGAAAAAGCUGGCUGGGAAGGGAUGGCCUGGUCGGUCUCCCCGUCCCAGAGGACAAGGCUCAGCGGUGUUUGAAGGAGGUCGAGUGCGGCUCGAAGCCACCGCGGCGGGUCGAGGCACUAUGACGGACACCCACCUACCCACGGCCGGCGGCUUCCCGGCUCCCGGGCUGUUGGUCAGAAAGAGUGAAGAAAUAACGGAUUUGAUAGACCUGUUUUCCAAGACGCAGUACAGGGCAAAGGAAGUCACUCCUCGGGUGGAGGUCAUAGAGAAACGCUGUCUGCACCUGUUUGCCAGAGAUUACAAGUACAGCAUCAUCCAAAACACCAACGGGGAAGUGUGUGGACACUACCCCCGACAGAUAGUUUUCCUGGAGUACGAAUGCCUAGAUGUGGAGAAAGACAGGUUUGAGAGCACAGUGCAGAUCUCUAAGCUGCAGGACCUGGUGAACCGGAGCAAGAUGGCUCGCUGUAGAGGGAGGUUCGUCUGUCCAGUCAUCCUCUACAAUGGCAAGCAUAUAUGCCGAUCAUCCACACUGGCAGGCUGGGGGGAGCUGUAUGGACGCACAGGCUACAACUACAUUUUCUCAGGGGGCAGUGAUGACACAUGGACUGAGUCGGAGGAGUUUCCAGAGGAUGACGGCGUAGUCAGGAACGGUGACUCCCAUCUCUUCGAUAAGGUUCGAGGUUAUGACAUUAAGCUGCUGCGUUACCUGUCAGUUCGCUACAUCUGCGACUUAAUGGUGGAGAACAAGAAGGUUAAGUUUGGCCUCAAUGUGACAUCAUCAGAGAAGGUAGACAAGGCCCAACGCUAUGCAGACUUCACUUUGCUUUCUGUGCCUUACCCAGGAUGUGAGUUUUUCAAGGACUACAAAGACAGAGAUUACACAGCAGAGGGUCUAGUGUUUAACUGGAAUCAGGACUUUGUGGACGCUCCUUUGACAAUCCCCAGGUGCUUUACUCACAACUUGAACAUUGACUGGACUCAGUACCAGUCAUGGGACCUGGUGCAGCAGACCCAGAACUACCUGAAGCUACUUCUCCACAUCAUCAAUAGUGAUGAUGAUAGCGGCCUCCUAGUGCACUGCAUAUCAGGAUGGGACAGAACGCCAUUGUUCGUGUCCCUCCUCAGGCUCUCUCUCUGGGCAGAUGGUGCAGUGCAUGCCAGCCUGGAGCCCACAGAGAUUCUGUAUCUGACUAUCGCUUACGACUGGUUCCUCUUCGGUCACAUGCUGCCAGAUCGACUCUCCAAAGGGGAAGAGAUUUUCUUUUUUUGCUUCAAUUUUUUGAAGCACAUUGUUUCAGAGAAGUUCUCUACAGUUAAAAAGCAGAGUUUUAGAAGAAAGAACUCUCACUUCAAAGAUGGUGAUUUCACUGUGGAAGAGCUCUGCCAGCUGAAGUCCAGGGACCGUGGCAGUGUGACUAGUUUGAGCAGUGACUUUUCCCUCAUCACUGAAGAGAUGGCUAGUGGAUCAAGCUUGACCAAUGACACUGUGGACCUGGCCUCCAGUCAGCCCCAAGCCUCCAACUGGAGAAAAGGCACCACUUCCUCUUCUCCAAUGGUGGUUUGGAAUAAACAGAACCCUUUGGACGACCGCCUCUCUCACACGGCAAAUGACGCCAGGUCUUCAAGCUCCUCAUCCAAUCAGUCGGAGCAUGGCGACACUCGUACUGGCAGCAGCCCAUUGGCUGUUCCAGGGAGAAGGUUAGCAGCGGACUGUGCUCGGUCAAGUUCCUCCCUCUCUACAGAUUAUGGUAGUUGGCAGAUAGUUUCCGGUUGUGGUAGCAUCCAUGACCAUGCCCAUUUCCCUCCACCUUUGGCCUCAGCCUCAUCCUCCAACUCAUCUACUGCUAUCGCUGCCUACGACUCCCCCCUGCCAUUCAGCUUUCAGGAUGAAGCCAGUGGACGAAUGUGUUCCUUCCCCUCUGAGCGUCAGGCCCGUCUGGAGGCAGUACGUGAAGCCUUCUUGGCAGCCUACAGCUCCACUGUCGGCCUCAAAUCCUCAGCUCCCAGCCCCUCUGGUGCCAUCUCCGGCCUGCUGGAGCAGUUUGCCCGUGGGGUAGGCCUCCGCGGCAGUAACGCCAUCGUCUGAGCCUCUUGAUGGGACCUUGGACCCUCCUGCCUACAUCAGUUGAUUCAGCAUGUCUGUGCCAAACAUCCCCUGUUCAAUUUUAAGGGUGAAGCAUUAUUUUUUUUUUUUUUUUUUAAAUAUUUUAAUAUUUUUUAACAUGCCCUCCAUUUUAUUUUAUUUUUCCCCUGUGGACUUUAAAUGUCUGUGGUUUUUGUCACAUUCAGGAAGGGCAAUGGUUUCAGCCACAGAAUCAAAAAGGGAUGGUAAUAAAUUUAAAUGGCUUAGAGGUCUCCUGUUAUUACAGUGUAAAGAAUUCUGCCUUGGUCUGUUUAUAGAUUUGUAACUCCAUGUCCAGUAAACAAUAUCACUUGAUUUCUUUUGCUUAUGCUGCUAUUCUUCACUGAUCCAAACAGCCGAAAGUUCUGUAGUUCUACUGGGCAGUGAAAAUGAGACAAAGAACUUGAUUUUUAUUUUUUUUUCUUCUAAAAACAGAAAAUAUUUGAUGCUGUUCUGAUUUUGAAUUUAACACAGUAUUUUAUCUGAUCUGUUUUACUGCAUAGGGCUUCAUGUUUGUGGGGGUCUAAAGUUAAAGGGCUUUUGGUGUUGAUGUUCCCAUACAGGAAACUUUUAGAAUUGUUGACUCCUGCGGUCGUAGUAAUCCAUGUCCAAACUGGUUUUAAAAUGAUAUUCCUGGCCUUACCUUAUUUCACUUAGUUUGUCAAGCAUACCAAACACUUCAAGCUGAAAUUCUUCACUAAUUGCGAGAGGACCCUUAAUAAUGGGGUUUGAACCAUGAAGUGUUUUGGGUGUGGUUUUUUGGUUCUUGUUCCCCCAAUGAAAUAUGAAAGCUUUAGCUGAAAGACUUGCAUAGUCUGAACAUUGUCAACUUGUUUUGAAGAGAACUGAAUUAUGCUGCUUUCUUAUUUUAUAAACUACUCAAUGCCAGAUGUUUGGUGCCUUGAAGUGGAACAAUAAAUUCCACAAUAAAAAGGACUUGGUAAAAACUGAAAUUUUUCUCCAACAAUGCAGUUUGGCUUUAGUUGGCACCAUUAACUGAACAAGCCAAAUGUUGUCUAUUUGGUUAUUACUCUGUUUGAACCUCUACUUUGACUGGUGGAAACAGGACUAUGCCUGUGCGGAAAAAGGCUGGUUAAGACCAGUUAUCAGCAACAGUCUUUUGGAGCGUUUCAAGCUGACUGCUAGACACUGCAGAGGUUACACACUUAAGUCAAAAUGCUAAAAUUUGUAUAUGUAUGCAUUGCUUUUAAACACUUGUCCAGGGAAGCUCAAUAUCAUUCUACAUGCAAAUAAAAUUAAUCUAUGUGACAGACAGAUCAAAUAUUUGCUUUGUAAUUUUUGUAGGAAACGCUUAAAUUUCAGGAGCUAAGAUUUACAUUAACCAUUUGUUGAGUUGGGUAGUUGCAAGAAAAAAAACUGACCUUAGGUUUAUGUGAUACUUUAGUCUUCUAUAAAAGUUUAAAUAUAAGGACUGUUCCUUCAUGGCUCUCGCAGGGUUGAUUAUUUUAUUUAUAUUUUUUUUAACCUUGCCAAUUACAGUAUCACCAUAUUGAGGCAUAUCUGUUAAUGGUUUAGUGACUGUGAAGAAGCACUGAGCAUUGUGGUAGCAGAUAUGAACUAAAGGCCUUUUCGAUGUUUCUCGUCCCUCCAGUGAAGGGAGGUCCGCUUCGUUCCUGCCAGUACUGAGAUUCCUGCCCAGCUGUUAUCACACAUUCACCUCCUUUCAGGUCACACGUGGACUUUCCUGCCCAGUCAGUUGGGUCAGUUCAUACUUAAGUUGUAAACUAGCCUAUCGGUGUUGCCAAACUGUUUGACAGUUGCUGUACCUCAGGGCCUUUCUGUUGUGCCUUUUUUUUUUUUGGGCCCUCUCUUAAUUCUUUAACACUGGAUGAGUCUUCUGUCCAGUUUCAGGUAUAUUUUCUGUUAAAUGUGUGGGUUUAUUUUUAAUUUUUGCAAUUUUUUGUUAGAGCUUUGUCUUAAGAGUUGACUGCAGUGAAAUCUGUGGGGCUUUCAUGUGGUUGCAGUUUGUACAGUGACAUAACGCUGAGUUUUAUGGAGAUUGAUGUAGGAUAUCGGGCAGCAGUCAUUCAGUUCUGCCUCUGUAAAUGGCAGUUGCUGAAAAUGACUGGUAUCAUAAUUUUAUUUUUUUUUUUAAUGAAUAUAAAAUCCUCUUUUGGGAAAUGUACUCAGGAUUGAGAUGAAAAGGUUGACACCAGUAUUGUUUCUGGGAUAAGUGCAGAGCUACAACAGAAUGUCUAGCCAUGAUUUGGAUCAAGAAAGAUUAAACCCUAGUUUAAAAGAGCUUUGUUACAUAGAGACUGUCUUGUAGGAGAGCGGAACAGCUUUGAACUUUAUUUUUUUUUUUUUUUUUAAUUCCCCACCCUGAAAAAUAAAAAUUUUGGACAAACUUGAAGCCAGCAGUUUUUCCUUGGUUGAGCUAGGCUAUUCUGACUCACUGUCCUUGUCACAUGCUCAGCCUUAUUUUCACUCUUGAUCAUCUCCCAAAAUCUUGAAUUGACAGAAUGUUUCUUUUGCUAUGCCUAAAACCAAAGUCUGUUUUCUUUAUGCCUCAGAUCAUGAGCUGAGGUGUUUUAAGUCACUUGAAUACUUACUGUGUCAAGAUGAUUUUAAAAUUGAUCUUGAUACAGUACUAUCAAGUACUUUGAAUGUGGCGCAUACCAGUUCUUUGCACGGGCUGUCAGUGGUUUAAUCUUGUACUUCCAAAGAGACUAACGGAACAAUCUGCCCUGUUUGAUGUAAUGAAAGUGUGACUGUUAUGACCCGAUCUCCCUGUCAGGUUUUAAGCUUUCUCCUUAAAUUCAGUUCUCACAUUUAUCUCUGGUUUGGCAUAGUAUCUAGCAUUCAAAAAACAUUGUCAAUUUUCUUUUCUUCAUUUACAAUUUUUAAUAAAAAAAAAAGGAAAACACGCCACCCUCAGUCUCUCUCUCUCUCAGUUGGGGUAGAUUGUUUCACAAAUGAGGUUUUAACUUGUUGAAAUGCUGCAUUGCACUUGUCUAGUGUCCUCUGUGUAGAGAGUCUUCUUCUUUGUAUAUCUGAUGCAUUUUUAAAGAAUGCUAAUUUUUGCCUUUUAGGUUAUCAAAUGCCAUUACUUGUUGAUGGAUGUCGAGCUACAGUUGAAAGUGACUUAAACUCCAGGUAGCAAUUUUGAAUAAAUGAAGAAAAAUAA